AUGAAAGUGGGGGGAAGGAAUUUAUACGGGUACUGUAGAGGGGUCGUCUUGAGAGGUGAGUACAUGGAUUUAUGUGGAGGUCAGACGCUGCGCCUUUCAUCGCCUAACUCCAAAAUCCUUCACUUGGUGAGGCAUGCACAAGGAAUCCACAAUGUAGCAUUAGAAGAGAACGGAGCAACUCCUUUAUCAAACAAGCUUUUUGAUGCCCAUCUCUCUACUAAGGGUCACCAGCAGGUUUCUCAACGGGGCAAGGAAAUCCUUGAAUCGGGAUUACUAAACACUAUCGAGUUAGUGAUUACCUCUCCUCUGAGCAGGGCAAUGCAAACUUCAACUGGAUUAUUUAGGGGGCAAGAAGCUACAAAUCGAUUCGAAAACUUUCAAAUAGCUCACAACUUCCCUCCAAUUGUCGCCCUUGAGAUUUGUAGAGAACGCAUGGUGAUAUUCAUUUAUUUUCUUUAA